UGAUGCAGGCAUCGAUGUGGGGAGAGGCAGGCCCAGGCGUCUAUAUAUAGCAGCUCCUCAGACCUUAAACUGGAGGGAGGCACAGGCGCCUGCAGGAGUCAGCUCUGCCUUCCUUGGCUGGAGUGUGGGUGGCUUGGUGAGCUGGUGGCCAGGGCUUCUCUCUCCUCCUUGCAAUUUUCCUUUCUGUCUGGGAGCACGCCAAGAUGUCCCUUGUGGCCGUCCCCUUCUACCAGAAGAGACACAGGCACUUCGACCAGUCCUACCGUAAUAUUCAAACUCGGUACCUGCUGGAUGAAUAUGCGUCAAAAAAGCGAGCCUCCACCCAGGCAUCUUCCCAGAAGUCCCUGAGUCAACGGUCAUCUUCGCAGAGAGCCUCCAGCCAGACGUCCCUGGGAGGAACCACCUGCAGAGUCUGUGCGAAGCGGGUGAGCACGCAGGAAGAGGAGGAGCAGGAGAACAGAAGCAGGUACCAAUCCCUGGUGGCCGCCUAUGGCGAGGCCAAGCGACAGCGCUUCCUCAGUGAGCUGGCCCACAUGGAGGAGAACGUCCACCUGGCACGCUCCCAGGCCCGCGACAAGCUGGACAAAUACGCCAUUCAGCAGAUGAUGGAGGACAAGCUGGCCUGGGAGAGACACACAUUCGAAGAGCGGAUAAGCAGGGCUCCUGAGAUCCUGGUGCGGCUGCGAUCCCACACCGUCUGGGAGAGGAUGUCUGUGACGCUUUGUUUUACGGUGCAAGGAUUUCCCACACCCGUGGUGCAGUGGGCUCCUCGGCCCUGCUCGCAGAGAGCCUGCUCUAUGCCUGGUGCUGUCCUGGAGGCUCGGGAGGAUUCAGGGGUCAAGACCCGGAUACCGCCUUUCAGGUCCCACUCUCUGGCAUCAGGAGGCAAUUGGCGCUGUGACAACGCGCACAACUUCGUGAGCAGUUCUCAACGACUUGGAAAUUGUGCUGGCUGUACAGGUUUAAUGGCUCCCUCCUUGCGAGUCGGAGUCCACCUGGAUUGUGCAUUCGCAGGACAGGCUCCAGGACAGGCUCCAGGUCAGCAGAUUCUGAUCAAGCAGAUUUUUACAGACCGCCUUGCUCACUUCCAUAUACGCUGGCAUUCGAAUCCUUCCAGCAGUGCCUGUGGGGAGCACCCCGGGCGCAGUUCUUCAGUGCCCGUUUGCACCAGGCGGAGAGCAUUCCGAGGGCAGCCCCUCAGUGCCCGUGUGCACCAGGCAGAGACGCACAGCAUCCCAGGUGCAGCUUCUCAAUGCCCGUGUGCACCAGGCGGAGAGCAUUCCGAGGGCAGCCCCUCAAUGCCCCUGUGCACCAGGAUCGCCUGGGAGAGUGGAGCAAAGCUCAAGCUCCUGGACUACCUUAGAACUGCCAUGGGAUGGAUUGCCCACCUGGGAACAACUCCCUGCGUGGGAACAGCUCCCUCAUGGAGUGGACCCGCCGCCAUGGUUCAGGGCCUCCCUGAAGCAGCGCUCUGCCUUCUUCUCUGGCAGCAUCCUCGCUCCUACACGGAGCGGGUCCAAGGCUUUCCCCCACAGGCUCUGGUAGACUUUGACGACACCGCGACGUACUCAGCAGUGGCCACCAACGCCCACGGACAGGUGUCCACCAACGCGGCAGUGGUGGUGAGAAGGUUCCGGGGAGACGAGGAACCGUUCCGUUCGGUGGGACUCCCGAUAGGAUUGCCCCUGUCAUCAGUGAUUCCGUACACGCACUUCGACGUCCAGUUUUUGGAGAAGUUUGGGGUCACCUUCAGGAGGGAAGGCGAGACGGUCACUCUCAAGUGCACCAUGCUGGUGACGCCGGACCUGAAGCGGGUGCAGCCGCGAGCCGAGUGGUACCGUGAUGACGUGCUGGUGAAAGAGUCUAAGUGGACGAAGAUGUUCUUUGGAGAAGGCCAGGCCUCCCUGUCCUUCAGCCACCUGCACAAGGACGACGAGGGCCUGUACACCCUGCGCAUCGUGUCUCGGGGCGGCGUCAGUGACCACAGCGCCUUCCUGUUUGUCAGAGAUGCUGACCCGCUGGUCACAGGGGCCCCCGGCGCACCCAUGGACUUGCAGUGCCACGAUGCCAACCGAGACUACGUCAUCGUGACCUGGAAGCCGCCCAACACCACCACCGAGAGCCCCGUCAUGGGCUAUUUUGUGGACCGAUGUGAAGUAGGAACGAACAACUGGGUUCAGUGCAAUGAUGCACCAGUGAAAAUCUGCAAAUACCCGGUCACGGGGCUUUUUGAAGGAAGGUCUUACAUAUUCCGAGUGAGGGCGGUGAACAGUGCGGGCAUCAGCCGCCCCUCCAGGGUCUCUGAUGCGGUGGCCGCACUUGACCCCUUGGACCUCAGAAGGUUACAAGCCGUUCAUUUGGAAGGAGAGAAGGAGAUUGUUAUUUAUCAGGAUGACCUUGAAGGUGACGUCCAGGUUCCAGGGCCUCCCACCAAUGUGCACGCCUCCGAGAUCAGCAGAAACUAUGUCGUCCUCAGCUGGGAGCCACCCACUCCCCGCGGCAAGGACCCGCUCAUGUACUUCAUCGAGAAGUCCGUGGUGGGGAGCGGCAGCUGGCAGAGAGUCAACGCCCAGACGGCUGUGAGGUCCCCGAGGUAUGCUGUGUUUGACCUCAUGGAGGGGAAGUCGUACGUGUUCCGAGUGCUGUCAGCCAACCAGCAUGGCCUGAGCGAGCCGUCGGAGAUGACGUCCCCCAUUGAGGCCCAGGACGUGACCGUUGUCCCUUCUGCUCCGGGUCGCGUUCUUGCUUCCCGGAACACCAAGACGUCGGUGGUGGUGCAGUGGGACCGACCCAAGCAUGAGGAGGACCUGCUGGGCUACUACGUGGACUGCUGCGUGGCCGGAACCAACCACUGGGAGCCCUGCAACCACAAGCCCAUCGGAUACAACAGGUUCGUGGUGCACGGCUUAACCACGGGAGAGCAGUACAUCUUCCGAGUCAAGGCGGUCAAUGCCGUGGGGAUGAGUGAAAAUUCCCAGGAAUCGGACGUCAUAAAAGUGCAGGCUGCACUCACCGUCCCGUCCCAUCCUUAUGGGAUCACACUCCUCAACUGUGACGGCCACUCCAUGACCCUCGGCUGGAAGGUCCCGAAAUUCAGCGGUGGCUCGCCCAUCCUGGGCUACUACCUGGACAAGCGCGAAGUUCACCAUGAAAACUGGCACGAGGUCAAUUCCUCACCCAGCAAACAGACAAUCCUAACGGUGGACGGCUUGACGGAAGGCUCACUCUACGAGUUCAAAAUUGCUGCCGUCAACCUGGCUGGCAUUGGGGAGCCCUCGGACCCCAGUGAGCACUUCAAGUGUGAGGCCUGGACCAUGCCAGAGCCCGGUCCUGCCUACGACUUGACGUUCUGUGAGGUCAGGGACACGUCCUUGGUCAUGCUGUGGAAGGCCCCCGUGUACUCCGGCAGCAGCCCUGUUUCUGGAUAUUUCGUGGACUUCAGGGAGGAGGAUGCUGGAGAGUGGAUCACUGUCAAUCAGACGACAACGGCCAACCGUUAUUUAAAGGUCUGUGACCUGCAGCAAGGUAAGACCUAUGUCUUCAGGGUCCGGGCAGUCAAUGCAAACGGCGUGGGGAAGCCCUCGGACAUGUCAGAGCCCGUGCUGGUAGAGGCGAGACCAGGCACCAAGGAAAUCAGUGCUGGUGUCGACGAGCAAGGCAACAUCUACCUGGCCUUCGACUGCCAGGAAAUGACAGACGCAUCUCAGUUCACCUGGUGUAAAUCCUACGAGGAGAUUGCAGAUGAUGAGAGGUUUAAAAUCGAAACCGUGGGGGAUCACUCCAAGCUGUACUUAAAGAAUCCGGAUAAGGAGGAUUUAGGGACUUACUCUGUGUCUGUAAGUGAUACAGACGGAGUGUCCUCCAGUUUUGUUCUGGACCCAGAAGAGCUCGAACGUUUGAUGGCAUUGAGCAAUGAAAUAAAGAACCCCACAAUUCCUCUGAAAUCAGAAUUAGCUUAUGAGAUUUUUGAUAAGGGGCAGGUUCGCUUCUGGCUCCAGGCUGAGCACUUAUCACCAGACGCCAGCUACCGAUUUAUUAUUAACGACAGAGAAGUCUCUGACAGCGAGAUACACAGAAUUAAAUGUGACAAAGCUACUGGCAUUAUUGAGAUGGUGAUGGAUCGAUUUACUAUUGACAAUGAGGGGACCUACACUGUGCAGAUUCAUGACGGAAAAGCCAAAAGUCAGUCUUCUCUAGUCCUUAUUGGAGAUGCAUUCAGGACUGUGCUGGAAGAGGCUGAGUUUCAAAGGAAAGAAUUUCUCAGGAAACAAGGCCCUCAUUUUGCUGAGUACUUGCACUGGGAUGUCACAGAAGAAUGUGAAGUUCGACUUGUUUGCAAGGUUGCAAACACCAAGAAAGAAACCGUUUUCAAAUGGCUCAAGGAUGACGUUCUAUAUGAAACGGAGACAUCGCCUGACCUGGAGAGGGGAACCUGUCAGCUGCUCAUCCCAAAGUUGUCAAAGAAGGACCAUGGUGAAUACAAGGCAACCUUGAAAGAUGACAGAGGCCAAGAUGCGUCCAUCCUUGAAAUAGCUGGCAAAGUGUACGACGAUAUGAUUUUGGCAAUGAGUAGAGUCUGUGGUAAGUAAAUGCCUUUUAAUUUUCAAGUCAUUUGGGGUGCUGAAAUCACUAUUUCCUGAGAUGAGCAGUCACUGCUGCAAAAGAGGGCACAAUGGCGCUGCGGUGGGUGUUCUGUGUGAGGCCCUGGAUUGAAGGGCAGGGUGGUGAUCUGCUGCCCAUGAGGCUUUUUCAAGGACUUCCCACAGUUUUGUCUGGAGUUUGAGUUUUACUUUAAGAAACUGUCUGGACUUCCUGAUUAGCCACUUCUUCUAUCCUGCCUUAGGUUAACUGACAUGAUUGCUUUGUACACAAUUGCUGUGAGCGGCUUUGUACACGUGUUGAAUAGCCGUAAUGAAUUUUUACACCUCUCACUUUGCGUCGUACACGUUAAACCAUAUGUUAUCUUUACAAAUAAAUGCCCAGAGGUGGGAUUGCUGGAUCACAUGUCAGUUCAGCUUGUUUUUGGAGGAACCUCUACACUGUUUUUCAUAAUGGCUGUAUUAAUUUACAUGCCACCAACUGUGCACAAGCGUAGCCUUCUCUCCUUGCCAGUAUUUUAUCUUUUGUCUUUUUGAUAAUAGCCAUUCUAACAGGUGUGAGAUGAUAUCUCACUGCAGUUUUA